AUGGUGGCCGGGAGGCGGCCGGGCGCGGGGCCCCUCUGGGCGCUGGGAGGCGCUGCGCUGGGGGUGUGCCUCGCGGGGGUCGCCGGGCAACUGGUGGAGCCCAGCACGGCUCCGCCCAAGCCCAAGCCGCCCCCGUUGACCAAGGAGACGGUGGUGUUCUGGGACAUGCGCCUGUGGCACGUGGUGGGCAUCUUCUCGCUCUUCGUGCUGUCCAUCAUUAUCACCCUGUGCUGCGUUUUCAACUGCCGCGUGCCGCGGACCCGGAAGGAGAUCGAGGCCCGGUACCUGCAGCGCAAGGCAGCCAAGAUGUACACCGACAAGCUGGAGACGGUGCCGCCCCUUGACGAGCUCACAGAAGUCCCUGGAGGUGAUAAGAAGAAAAAGAAAAAGGACACUGUGGACACAGUGGCCAUCAAGGUAGAGGAGGACGAGAAGAACGAAGCCAAGAGCAAAGGAUAGAAAUGGGGACGGCCUCCUGGAGGCGGCAGCCGGGCCUGGCAGGCAGGCCUGGGGCUCGGGGCCUGGCCGGGGCCCGGGUGUCUUGGACCUGAGAGCUCAUCCACAGGCCACAGAGGUUGUAGACCAUCCUCUCUCUGCUCAGAGGGAGUUGCUGAGGCCCGUGGCCACGUCCUGAUGGCCCAUCAGGGGCAGGGACAAGACCGCAGGUGUCCUGCCCCCCAGCCUGGACUCCACUGCUUUCACACCAUCCUCCUGGCCAUGCGGCAACGUCGGUCUAGGGUCACCGCGCCUCUGCAGGUCCAGAGCA